AUGGUUGAAAUAUUCUUAUUAAACUCCAUAAAAGAACGCAAAGAUUCAUUUCUAGGCUUUAAGAACAAACCUUUAAAAAGAAUAUUAAAAGAAAGAUCAAAAAUCUUUCACAGAAUAUUUAGUCGGUCGAAAGUACAAAUAUCAUUGAAAAUUCAAAAACUCGGAUUUAAUAGAAAUCAUAAGGAAUUUAUUUCUGAAUGGGUUGUUGAGCAACUAAGCAAAAAUCCUCCAAUUGAAUGGAAACUUUUACAAAAUGAAAUGAAAAUUCGUUGUGUAUAUUGUUCGCAAAAUGAUCUGAAAAACUUUUGGUAUUCAACGCAAAGACAAAUGACACGGGAAUCUAGAGCUGAAUCGCAAGAUGAUUUGAUAAUCGAAUAUUUAGUGCAAAAAGAUGAAGUGCAAAACGUUGAAGAGCAAAAAGAUGAAGUGCAAAGCGUUGAAGUGCAAGAUAUAAAAGUGCAAAAAGAAGUACAAAAAGUUGUAGUGCAAAAAGAUGAGGUACAAAAAGUUGAAGUGCAAAACGUUGAAGUGCAAAAAGAUGAAGUGCGAAACGUUGAAGUGCAAAACGUUGAGGUGCAAAACGUUGAAGUGCAAAACGUUGAAGUGCAAAACGUUGAAGUGCAAAACGUUGAAGUGCAAAACGUUGAAGUGCAAAAAGAUGAAGUGCAAAACGUUAAAGUGCAAAAAGAUGAAGUGCAAAGCGUUGAAGUGCAAAAAGUUGAAAUGCAAAAAGAUAAAGUGCAAAAAGAAUUGCAAAAAGAUGAAGUGCAAAACGUUGAAGUGCAAAAAGAUAAAGUGCAAAAAGAUGAAGUACAAAAAGUUGAAGUGCAAAAAGGUAAAGUGCAAAAAGUUGAAUCGCAAAAAGUUGAAGUGCAAAAAGAUGAAAAUAAAAAUAAAAUAGAUAAUUUCUUUAAUAAAGAUAAAUACAAUCCUGCCAAAAUUAUCAUAAAUCAAAUAGCGAAAAUCUGGUCAACAUAUAUUUUUUUAUAA